CUGAUCCCUCUAAGCCGGGACGCCGCAAUCAAUGAACGGAGUUAGCCGAAACUCAUUGAUGUUGCGACCCUGCCGUCAGGUGAGCCCGUCAUUCGGGGUGGUUUGACACCCUGCAAACGGGGAGCUUUUUCCGUGUGGCUGUGCUCUGCUCCUCUCACCCACUCUCGCCAUGCUUUACACGCUCCUCGUCAACGCUGGAUUGAUUCUUGGGAGCAUACUGGCCUAUUUGGGCGGGAGCGACCCUAAUGAAGACCUCACAAAGGGGGAUCGGGUUCGCCGUGAAACUCAUAUGACAAGCCCACUGAAUCAGGUGAAGAUAGCGAGAUUCUCCUCUGGCAUUUUCACUCUUCUAGAGUUGUAUUUGCAAUUGACCCCAGCACCAACUCAUCCUUAUCUCAUCUCUCUUCCCGAUAUUCUCAAACGGGUUCUCCCCAACUUUUCUCCCGUCCCCAAUUCCGCGUCAUUUAUCACCGGACUUCGUGUACUGGCCCUUUUUGCCUUUAUCGCCGGUGGAGCUCUCCGUCUCUGGGCGAUACACACUUUGGGGCGUCUAUUCACAUUCACACUCACCAUACGCGAAGGCCACAAGCUCAUCACCAGCGGGCCUUAUGCUUACGUGCGGAAUCCAAGCUACACAGGAUUCUACAUUCUCUGGGCAGGCGGGCUUAUCCUUGGGACUACAAGCGAACAAGCAGAAAGAGCCAUCGGCCUCAGGACCGCUAUUGUUGAAGCAGGUACGCUAGGGGUAGCGAGUAUAUUGCUUUUUGCCCUUGCUGCAACUCUCAUGGUGCAUCGGAACAUCUUGGGACCGAGAAUCAAAAACGAAGAGGAAAUGCUUGAAGCUGAGUUCAAGGUGGAGUGGGAAGUGUACACGAGGGAUGUCCCAUAUAAAGUUCUACCCUACGUGUGGUGAGGGUGGAGUGCUCAAAAACCCCCGUGGGGACCGACCUCGAACCCCGCUGGAGCAAACGCUCUGCUGAUCCCUACAAAAUAGAUUCCUUCCUGGUCACCCAUUCCUUGUACUGCAAUUCCCCCCCCCCCAUAGAAUCCAUUAUCUACCUAUCG